CAAGGACGGAGCUGAGCAGCAACACGCGUAGAAUAUUACAGUAGCAACAGAAUGGUGAAUUGCACAGUCCAGUCCUGCAGAGGGUGUUGCAACUUUUUUUGACCAAUUUGCAGCGUGCAGGCGCCUCCCCUUACUGCAGUGUGUUCUUGUCGGUGCGGAAGAUCAAGGAAUGUAAAUGUCCUCGGAAGAUCAAGAAGCCCAAGAGGAUGAGCUUCUGGCUCUAGCGAGUAUCUACCAUGAGGAGGAAUUUAGGAGGGCCGAGUCUGCUCAAGGGGGGGAGAUUCGGGUCUGUCUGCAGCUGCCUCAGGACUUUAACAUCUUUGUCAGCGGACAAGACCAGCAUGGCCUGGAGAAGGACAGGGUAGAACACACUGUGUCAUUUCUACCUCCAGUCGUGUUGAACUUUGAGUUACCUUCAGAUUAUCCAUCAACCUCUUCCCCCAUAUUCACCUUGAGCUGCAAAUGGCUUCCCAGAAUUCAGCUUAGUGCUGUUUGCAAGCAUUUGGACGAUCUCUGGCAGGAGAGUGUGGGAAGCGUGGUCCUGUUCUCAUGGAUGCAGUUCCUGAAAGAAGACCUUCUCACUUUCCUGAAUAUUGAGUCCCCGCUAGAAAUUAAAAAUCCCUCCGAAGGCAGGCAGAAAAAGAACGAACUUGACGACGUUCACAGCAAUGCCAAGGAAGAACCACUGGACCCAAGAGCCAUCCAGGACUCGGACUCCAGGAUCAGCAUCCUCCCUCAGAUCCUGGAUUUCGAUCAGACUCAGCAGCAGAAGGCCUUCGACAAUAAGGCUUAUGUCUGUGGCAUCUGCUUUUCAGAGAAGAUGGGAGCCGAGUGCCUGGAUUUUAAAGAGUGCAAGCAUGUGUACUGCAAGGCCUGUCUCAAGGAGUAUUUCCAGAUCCAGAUCAGAGAUGGGAAUGUCCAGUGCCUUAACUGUCCAGAACCAACGUGCACCUCAGUGGCCACACCUGCACAGGUGAAGGACCUCGUAGGAGAAGAGCUCUUCGCUCGCUACGACCGGCUGCUGCUCCAGUCCAGCUUGGACAUGAUGGCGGAUGUGGUGUACUGUCCUCGGAGGAUCUGCGAGACGGCAGUGAUGCUGGAGCCCGGCUGUACCAUGGGCAUCUGUUCUGGCUGCAAGUACGCAUUCUGUACCCUCUGUAAACUGGCCUACCACGGGGUGUCACCCUGCAGCACCACUGCAGAGCAGCUACGUGGCCUACGUGAUGAGUACCUGGGGUCGACGGACGAGGGGAAGAAAUUCCUUGAGCAACGCUUUGGGAAGCGGGUCAUUCAGAAGGCAGUAGAGGAGUCCCACAGCCAGGACUGGCUUGAGAAGAACUCCAAGGCCUGUCCGCGCUGUGGCACCCACAUACAGAAGGUGGACGGCUGUAACAAGAUGACCUGCAUCAACUGCCACCAGUACUUCUGCUGGCUUUGCAUGUGUCAGCUGUCACGGGCCAACCCCUAUGGGCAUUUCAACAACAGCACUAUGCCCUGCUUUAACCAGUUGUUUCAAGGUGUCGAUAUUGAGGAUGGUGCAUUCUGGAGCGAUGAAGAAGAUGAAGACGACUGAUAUGAAAGUUAAAGGGGAUUGCAGUCACAGGAAUCUGCCUGUUCUGUCCUGAUUCGACAUGCCUUUACUUGUCAAACACAUGCUGUAAAAGUUAAACAAUGGAACAGUAGAUCCCCCAGUCUAAGGGAAACACAGCGGGCAUCAUCAAAGCUUAUACUGUGGAGCUUCUUAAAUGUAACAAGGGAAGCUUGAACAACUUGCAUUUUGUACUGUUUUAAGUAAAACAUUGUUACAAAAUGUAGAAACUGCGGGUAGUGGAAUUUUAAUUUCUCUUUCCAAAAUGUGACACUUUGAAGGUCUAUUGUUUAUUUGUUUGGUUUUUUUAGAUAUUUGCAAAUUAAAAACUGCACUGUUCCGACACUA